GAAAUUGAAAGAACACCCGAAGACCAGGAGUUAGCUCAUGAUAUAUUAACAAUGUUUUUAACGAUCAAUACUCCGCGUGAUAUCACCGAAAAAAUUGCAGAUAGUUUGCACGACAGGCCUAUGACUAAUGAGGAAAUUUGCGAAAACUUUAUAGAGAUUUUUACAGGUGGAAUCGACACGUCGUCGAAUUCUAUCUGCUAUAUAAUUUAUUAUCUGUCACAUUAUCCAAAAGUUAAAGAAAAAUUGAUAGAAGAGAUCGAUCGGGUCAUCGGAAAAGAUCAAAACCGUAAGAUUUCCAAUGAAGACAUAAGGAAACUUGAAUAUUGCGAAGCUGUAAUUCAUGAAUGCUCGCGAAUAUUUUCAACUGUUCCUAAUGUGGGUAAAAGAAACGCAAAUCCUGAAGAAGUUGGUGAUAUGACAUUUUCAGAAAACACAUUGUUUUUUGUUUAUUUUCAAGGAAUCCACAAGCACAAAUCUCUAUGGAGUGAUCCUGAAGAGUUUGAUCCAGAAAGAUUUAUGGGAAAAAACAAGGAAGAAAGCAAAAAACAUCUCUAUACAUUUGGUUUCGGAUUGAGAAAGUGUCCCGGGAGAAACUUUGGAAUGCUGCAGUUAAAACUUACUCUAAUACUAUUAUACAGGAAGUAUGAUGUCGAACUAGUUGAUAUGAAUGCACCGAUAAAGUUUCAUACUGCCGUAGUCAGGAUAUGCGAUGAACUAAAAGUUCGAAUUAAGAAACGAUAA